AGGAAGUGAGGUGCUCCGCGGCCCGCGGCGGUGGGGCGGCUGCAGGCGGCAAAAAAGUUACGUUCUUUCAGGAAGUUGAAAGGGAGCUGAAUUCCAACACUUAACCUUGGGCUGCAGUGUUGUGUGUUGAUUGUAGUGUUGACUGAAGGCUGAAUAACAGGAAGUCCAGAAGAGUUCAGCCUGCCUCGCUAACAGUAAUGCAGUUGUAAUAUGACUGUGUAUGCUGAACAGCUUCUGUAUUGCUGUUGCCGCGUGACUCGUCGCCAACCACGGCGGGAUCCAUCAAGCCCACGCUCUGCAGGGUCGUCAUCUACCUACAGAAAGAGAUGUCGGGGGACACGUGUCUAACCACCACCCUUUGCCCAGCUGUGGGACCCAAGCCUAAAACUUGUAGCUUCAAAGUCGGCAGUCUUGGUAACAAGUACGUGCGGCUGAAUGUUGGGGGCUCCUUGUAUUACACCACAGUGCAAGUGCUGACCAGGCACGACACGAUGCUGAAGGCCAUGUUCAGCGGUAGAAUGGAAGUUCUCACAGAUAAGGAAGGCUGGAUCCUUAUAGACCGUUGUGGGAAGCACUUUGGAGCCAUUUUAAACUAUCUCCGAGAUGACACAAUUGCACUUCCUAAACACAGACAGGAGAUCAAAGAGUUGAUGGCAGAAGCCAAGUAUUAUCUCAUUCAGGGCUUAGUUGAUAUGUGCCAAGCAGCUCUGCAGGACAAGAAAGACUUGUAUGAACCUGUCUGUAACAUCCCGAUUAUUACAUCUCCUAAAGAAGAAGAAAGACUGAUAGAAUCUUCAAUGAAACCCGUUGUUAAGCUGCUGUAUAAUAGAAGCAACAACAAAUACUCUUACACCAGUACUUCAGAUGACAACUUACUGAAGAACAUAGAACUGUUUGACAAACUUUCUCUCCGAUUCAAUGGCAGAGUUCUUUUCAUUAAGGAUGUUAUAGGGGAUGAAAUCUGCUGCUGGUCUUUCUAUGGACAGGGUCGGAAACUUGCUGAAGUCUGUUGUACCUCGAUAGUGUAUGCCACAGAGAAGAAGCAAACCAAGGUUGAAUUCCCCGAGGCACGUAUUUAUGAGGAAACUCUAAACGUCUUACUGUAUGAAACACCGCGAGUUCCUGAUAACUCUCUGCUGGAAGCAACCAGCAGGAGCCGAAGCCAGGCCUCUCACAGUGAGGAUGAUGAUGGUUUUGAACUUCGUGACCGAGUGCGCCGAAUCCACGUGAAGAGAUACAGCACCUAUGAUGACCGUCAGCUUGGCCACUAGCAUGUCAGUGGAGGAGAGAGGGGUUGGUUUCAAGGCUUGUAUCAAUAUUCUUUGACGGAGAUCAGGAAGUAGGGAGGGAUCAGUUGGACUCCAGACUGAUUUUCAUUUGGCUUCUUGUCUCUCCAGAGAAGCAAAUGGGCAUUUAUGCACACAAAGCAACACUAAAGGCCAAGGGCUUAAGAACUAAGGUGUUUGUUUUGCACCAUGUGCUUUAAACACAGACUGGCCCCUUUUUCAUGCAACAUGGGAAAUGGGUUCCAAAACACUGAUUGUGACCAUUUGUGGUUGCUCUUUUAUAUCUAAUGAUGUGUACAUAUCUUACUUCCUGUGGGAAGUACUGCUUUUCCUGAAUGAGACGGAGUGAUUUGAAAGUAUUUUUUUCAGUUACCUGUCCGUUUAGGGUUUGGUGAAUGGAACUCUCAGUUCUUAAAUCAAAACACUGAAGAGGGGGUGGAAAGAACAUGACUACUUCUACGAAACACUACAGCUGAUAACCCCUGGAGGAAACAGUUAGCUAUCCACUAGUAAGGUGCAGCGCAUAUGUGAUUUCUUUCACCUGUUUUUCCCUUAUGCACAUACAGCAGUUUGUGUUCCAGUGUAGCUGUAUUUAAAACUCAUUAAUCCUAAGGCUUGCUUCUCUGAGAAGUCAAAUCAUCCAAAAAAAUCUCCCCCUGUGAAAAAUAAGAAAUAACUGAAAAUUUAAAUACAUACAGAAUGAUGCCAUGGGAGCUGGAAAAAAUGGUGAAGGAGUAAAGUUUAUCAAGUAAGAAAACUUUAAGAAUAGACUGUGGUAGGGGUGGCAUUGUUCAGGGCUUUGAUAGUUUGAUCCUGUUCAUCUAAACAAUGGCAACCUGUAGAAUUAUGUAGUUUUACAUUAGUUUCCCCCCUUGGCCCAAAGUGUUAUUUGAUGUUAAAUUUCUCCAGCAACAGGGUUUUUUUCCUGAUGGCUGGAAAAGUGCAGACUACACAGUUUUAAUGCUAGAUAAUAUUAAUAUAGUGAAGAAUGAGUUUAAAUUUUGUGCUCUGAAUCACUUCUAGAGCAUAGAAGUUGAAAAAUAAUCGUAAAAACUUUGUUCUGGCAUGCAGGAGGCCCUGACAGAGGAAAGAGAUGGUAAGCUGAAAUAUCAGCUUUAUUCUGAGUGCUUGAUUGGAUUUGAUUGGAAUUGGAGGGGACUGUUCAGAAGAUUGGAGUGCUGGCUGUUUUGCACGUUGGGUCUCUAGAAAAACUUUGUUUAGUAUGAGAAGUUGCUAAUUUCUUUUUAACUGUUUGAUUGUAUGUUUCAAAUGUAGGUUGCAGAUUCAAAUUUUACCAGUUAUACAAGGUUGCUACUUGCAGGUUGCUCACUGGCACAUGUGGACAUGUGUCAGUGGCUUAGCGUGCUCCACCACUGCUUUUAUUUCCUUAUAUUUUAUGUGAAGGUGGAAGCCUCAGAUUCCAUGAUGGUUAGUCUUGAACUCCUUUCACCAGUGCCAAAAUUACAUAGAAGUUUUAAAGCAAAUUAAUGUGAAAGCCAAAUUAAUGAAGUAAAGUCAUAACUAAAAUUAAGAUAGAAGAUUAUUCAAAAAAAAAAAAAAAAAAGGAGGAUGGGGAGGGAACAAAACAGUGAUUUCCACUCAGUUAGGCUUUUGAAAAUGUAACCAUUGAGGCUUUGUUAGAAGACACUAAUGGCUGCAAAAUGUGGGAGGUUUAUUGCCCAACUGGGCCUCUAAUGAACGGCACUUAUUUCCUCGCAUUUGGGAAGUAAGUUGUCACAUAACGAACCUGCCUUGUUCUGAAAGGCCUCUUUAAAACUCUAACAACUUUUUUUCUUUUUGUAUUGCUUUCUGCUAGUUGUUUCUCAGCUGUUCUUUUCUUUUGUGCCAGGAAAAAUACAUUUGCUGAGAUCAGUUUUGACUAAAACUUUUGUUUUUAAUUGUGAUAAAGUGUGAUGUGGAUUUCAUUUUUCUUCUUUUUUUUUUCAGUUGAUUUUUUUCUUCACUGAUACUAUUUAUAUUAAAUCAUGGUGAGUGCUUUGAAGCCACCAGUGGAGACUGUAGUGAAAUGGUCUUUUUGCUUUACUUGAUAGUUUCAGUUUUGUCUCGUACUUUUUUGUUUUUUCCAUAGUGUAACGAAUAAGUCUGGCUUUUAAAAAUUCAUUUGUAUGGCAUUUGUAUUCCUUGGUAAAUGAUUUUUUUUUCAUCACAGUGGAUGUUAGCAGAUUAAGUGACGUGGGUAGCUUUGCACAACUGUUCAGAGAAGUUAUAAGCAGAAAAAUGACAAAGUGAAAGAGUGUGUCAGAUCAGUCUGCUGGUACAGAUACUUCAGCUGGUGGUUCACAUCUGUGCUCACAAUAUUCCUUAAGAGGAGUGAUUCAUGUUGUGGAGUUCUUACUAUGCUGUAAGAAGCGGGGGGGGGGGGGGGGGGGGGGAAAGCUUUUGCAUUGAUUUAGCUAGUUUUCUUUUCCUCGUAUCCCAUAGCAACAAUUAGUUUUCUCUAUUUAAAAGACAGUUUUAAAACCAUGGUCAUGGUGUUUGUCUGGAUAAGGUGUUCAGGAUGUGGCUGAGAAGAUCCUUGGUGAAUAGCUGUGGUUGGAUUUCACUAACAGUCCAAUAGUUCCCUCCACUGGUGGACAGACCAGGAAUUGGAAAGCAUCAGGAAAUUCACUGUUAGGCAUGUUCUGGGAUGUCUGCACACCACUAAAUGACAGUGCUGUUAGAGAUUCCCAUCCUGGGAAUGGGAGCUGCUGUGCCAUUUUUCUGAUGAAAUCUGGAAUGCCCUGGGUUGUUUCUUAUGUAAUUGCAUAAUUUACAUGAAAGCUCAGUAACUGUAAAUGUAGACAUGGAUUCUGCCAUCACUUACACAGUUCGUAGGUUAAACUUCUUUUUUUUCUUGUGCAAGUGGUACAAACUAAUUUAUUUUCUCUUAGGAAGAGUCCUGCUUAUCUGAAACUGUUCCAGGGUGGAAUGUUAACUGGAUGUUCUUCCACCAAAAUCAUGACACACUGAUAGUACAAUCUGACUGCUAAGCUCUGAUAAUUUUCAACGUGCGGUUUUGAUGCAAUGUGUACUUUGUAAUUCUCAUCAUAAUUUGCUUUCGAGGUAAAGGAUAUCAGUUCUGACACAUACACAUUCCUACAUAUUUCUACAGCCUGGUAUAAUGGAAAAAAAGCAGCACUGAAAAGGGUGAUGCAGCAUUCACCUGUUUGCAGUAAGCUGACCCUUUUUAGAACAAACAGCUGUGCUUCCUAUGAAUCUUCUCUGCUGGCUUUAAGUAUCACAUUAUCAUUUCUAAUUUCUAAUUAUAUGCAUUUGCAUCUGCUAAUUAAGAGUAACGGCUUCCUACAUAGAAUAUCAGCAUUGGAUGCAUUUACUGAUGUGACUGAAUUUAAAGUAGCCAUUAGGAGGAAGAAGUAACUCCUAGCCUCGUUUGUAACCUUACUUUCUUGGCUUCUGAAUUUAAGUGAACUUCUGUGCAUUCAAACAUUGUAUUAGCAGACUGAAAGAACGAGUGGAAAGCAUUAGCUGACAUUUAUACACAAGCAAUGUAAUGAAGUCUUACAUGAUGCUCUAAUGGGGUCCUGACACAAUGAAAAACAACCUCAGCUUUUCUGCAGAGGAGCCUUGGUGCCUUGAGUGAAUGUCUUAUGUUAAACAGUUCUUCAAUAUCGGUGUUAAUUAGGCAGUAAUGCCAAAAUAGAGAGCUCUGCAGGGCAGCAGCCUCCAACUGCUUGCUAAAUGCCAAGGCAAAAUUAAAUGCUUAACCUUUGCUUUGACAUUUAAUUUUUGGAACAGGAAACAUCUAUCCUACUGUAAUAUUCCAGUGACUUCACAUCUCUUACAAUUUUUGGUUAAAAAUUAAACAAAAAAAAAAAAAAAGCCAACCCAAGCUUGGAGGGCAUUGAAAAGACUGACAGCAUGGUAUUUCACUGCCUUCAGCCUGAAGCAGGGCAAUGCUUUUAUUUUUUGUAUUUUAAAUUUUCAGACAUAAUUCGCUUUUAGAAAUGCUGGUAAAGUAUAAUAUAGAUUAUAACCUGUGACAAUCCUUGCUGUUAAACCUUUAUGGCCAGAUUUUACAUUGUGCAUUCUGUUAGGACGACCGAAGUCCUGUUAAGAGAUGAGGGAACACAACCUCUGUUUCAAGCUUUGCCACUAACUGGGUGGCACAGACAGCAAGUCAAUUUUUCUGGAUGUGAAUUUCUCCUCAUCUGUAAUAAAAUGAGGGUAAGACUGUCCCCUACUUCAGAGGGAUGUUGAAGCUUAGUUUGUUUCAUAACAAUAGAGCACUUUGGAUUUCUACGUUUUGUAUCUGGAGGAUAGUAAAUGUGAUUGCUGUUUAAACUGAUGUUUCUGCAAUCAAGCUGUUUUCUUAUGGCAUCAGGCUUAAUUUUCUUUUUGUCUAACUUUUAAAGGUCAGUCUUAGGAAUAAAAUAAUGAAUGCAGUUAACCAUAUUAACAAUGAAUAAGGUGUUUUCUCUGUUAUCAACGAGGUAAACGGAAUGCAGGUUUUUAAUAAAGCAUUAUAUUUUA